AUUUUUUUCAAAAUGUUUUCGAUAAAAUGGCCGAGGAGCUCCGAAUGACACUUUUUGAUGGCGGUCUACUUCCGGAACAACAAUUUUGAUGAUAUAAUAAUAAAUCAAUUACAGGCUAAAUAUAUACGUAUUCUUUGUAGGGGAUGGCAGCCUCAGCUUUGGAAAAGGGAGCAGUGAGGUUUGUUUGUCAACGGUGUAAGCAGCCCCUGAAAAUUGACCUCUCCUUCGAAACUAUUGACCAACAGACUGAGCUUGUGAAAGAACUCACAGCUCCCCUGCUUGCCCAUGGAGAUGUGGACCAUGGUAACCUGUUCCCUGAAAAAGAAGAAUAUUAUGAGGAAGAUACAAAUAUCUCCAGGAGAAUUAUUCCACCCAGGUAUCCUGAUGAAGACUCCAAUGAUUUCACACUGCUAGGAGAAACAGAGCCUUCUAGCAUGGGAACACUUGGACAUAAACCUAAGGUUCAAGCCAUGCUGUUUGACAUCAUGUCCGGGCAGUCAACAGUCGAUCAUCCAUUGUGUGAGGAAUGUACAGACACGUUACUCAACCAACUAGAUGAACAACUAAAAGUAACGGAGGAAGAAUGCCGAGACUAUCGUAACUUCCUGGACAGGCUAGAUACAGUACAUGGGGAACAAGAUGAACAGGCGUUACUGGAUGAUGAACUGGCAAGGUUGCGAAUGGAGGAGAAAGUCUUACGAGAACAACUUCAACAAGUCGAGGAGGAAAAGACGAAAGUUGAGGAAGAUAUCAAGAAGGAAAGGGAGACAACCAAGAAACUGGAAGAGGAAGAAGACAGAUACUGGCGGGAAUACAACGAAUACAAGAGACAAGUCCAGGAGCUGGACGAUGAACAGAAAAGUGUGGAUAACCAGUUGAAGUAUGCACAAGCCCAGCUCGACAAACUGAAGAAAACCAAUGUGUUUAAUGCAACAUUCCAUAUAUGGCACAGUGGACAUUUUGGGACCAUCAACAAUUUUAGACUUGGCAGAUUAAAAAGUGUCCCAGUUGAGUGGAGUGAGAUCAACGCAGCCUGGGGUCAGACGGUGUUACUUCUGCAUUCUUUAGCAUUGAAAAUGAACCUUACAUUCGAAAGAUACCGAUUAGUGCCAUAUGGAAGUCGUUCUUACUUGGAGUCCUUAACAGACAAAUCCAAGGAGCUGCCAUUGUACUGUUCUGGGGGAUUCAGGUUCUUCUGGGAUGCCAAAUUUGACCAGGCUAUGGUGGCAUUCCUGGACUGUGUUCAACAGUUCAAAGAGGCAGUAGAGAGAGGGGACUCACAAUUUUGUCUGCCAUAUAGAAUGGAGAAAGAUAAAAUAGAGGAUACAAGUAACGGUCAGGCAUUCUCUGUCAAGAUCCAGUUCAACUCUGAAGAGAAGUGGACCAAGGCCCUUAAAUUCAUGCUGACCAACUUGAAGUGGGGUUUAGCCUGGGUUGCCUCACAGUUUGCUAACAAAUGACCACUGGAUAAAUCAUUGUGUACAGGAAUGACUAUAUAAAAUAGUAUGCGGGUUGACCUAAAAUUUGUGACUUUAAAUCUAUUUAACAAUGGAGGCUUGAGUAAAAUCACAGUUUGCUAACAAAUCACCACUGGGAUCUUUUGUGCAAAAUCACUAUAUAAAGUAUGUGGAUGACCCUUAUAUUUUGUGAUUUUAGAUCGAUUUAUCAAGUGGAAGCUAGCUUGGGUGGCAUCACAGUCUGCAAACUGUUGCGGGCAUUAUAUAAGAAUGACUUAAUAAUAAUAUUAUGCAAAUGUAACAGUAAUUUGCGAUUUUAAUUCUGUUUAACAAAAUAUGAACAGGCCCAAAUGGGGACUAGCCUGGAUGGUAAUGCAGAUUGUACAUUGAUACUUUUGUACAUACGUUCUCUGCGACUGACCUUAUAAAUUUAACAAUUGUCUACUACAUGUAUUUAUAAUUAUGAGUAUUAAAUCAUAUGUUUUCUGUCUAGUCUGAAGUGGUAACUAACCAUGGUGGCUUUUCAGUUUGUGUCGGAAUAACCACUCAAAAUGUGUUGUGUUCAACAACAAUUUUAUAUGCAGGUGUAAUUUUAAAACACCCUUUGUCCUGAAAAAGGGCUUAGCCUGGUUGGUUCACAGUUCACAAUGAAAUAACCAAGAUCUGUUUUAUAAACAGAGAAUUGUGAAAUAUUAGUGCUUUUUAUUUAAUAUGACUGAAUAUGUUAUAAUGUUUUUGAUGUGCAAUAAAUCAUAUACUUGAACGUUUA